CAUAUCAUAUGUUGGCCACUUUAGGUUCACAUCAAGUCAAGCCAGUGCUUACUGUGCCGUAUCUUUGUCAGAACUGGCCUAGGUAUGUUUUAAGAUAACCAGGCCACAUUUGCUGCACCAUAUGUGGGCCACUUUUGGUUUACACACACAUUAACUAUUGUCGACCAGAUCUUUGCCAAAGGUGGCCCACAUCUGUUUUGUGUUAUUUGGGCCAUAUUCACUAUGUAUCACAUGGGCAACUUUAGGGUCACAUCCAGUUUACACAUCGCCAAGAGCACCGCAUCUUUGCCAAAAAUGGCCCACAUUUGUUUUAGCCACUUCAGGCUCACAUCCACUUUGUUCAGGCCAGAAGAAGGCCAGCAGUGCUGCAUCUGGUCGGCGCCUACAUGUUGAUGGAUUCUUUUGAGGCUGUCCCUGGAGUCCAGGCUCAGAUCAGAAGUCCUCUAAUAACUCCCUCCUCGAGAUGUCUGGACCUGAACUUCCACUACUACCUGUAUGGCACCAGCACCACCAUGCAGCUCAGUGUCCACACCAUCACCACAGGUGGAAGCCUUGGACCUGCUCUCUUCACUGUCAGGGGGAACCAGGGCCAAGGCUGGAAGCCUGCAGCGGCCCGCUACCUGGGAACUGCUGCCAUUCAGUUUGUGAUUGUGGGUACCUAUGGAGAGACUCCUGAGACAGAUAUUGCUGUUGAUGCUGUGUGUGUCAUGGCCUGCAAAGCUGAACCAACAACUCCUCUACCACCGGUAACAACUCCAAGACCAACUAUGCCUAAACCAACAACUCCUGGAUUGACCACACCUAAACCGACAACUCCCGGUCCAUCUACACCAAAACCGACAACUCCUGGACCAACUACACCUAAACCAUCAACUCCUACACCGACUACACCCAAACCAACAACUCCAGGACCAACUACACCUAAACCAAUAACUCCUGGACCAACUACACCAAAACCAACAACUCCCGGACCAACUACACCAAAACCAACAACUCCCAGACCAACUGCACCAAAACCAACAACUCCUGGACCAACUACACCAAAACCAACAACUCCCAGACCAACUGCACCAAAACCAACAACUCCUGGACCAACUACACCAAAACCAACAACUCCUCGACCAAGUACACCAAAACCAACAACUCCUCGACCAACAACACCUAAACCAACCACUCCUCAUUCAACAACACCUAAACCAACAACUCCUCAACCAACUACACCAAAACCAACAACUCCUGGACCAACUACACCAAAACCAACAACUCCUCGACCAACAACACCUAAACCAACCACUCCUCAUUCAACAACACCUAAACCAACAACUCCUCAACUAACUACACCUAAACCAACAACUCCUGGACCAAGUACACCAAAACCAACAACUCCUCGACCAACAACACCUAAACCAACCACUCCUCAUUCAACAACACCUAAACCAACAACUCCUCAACCAACUACACCUAAACCAACAACUCCUCAACCAACUACACCUAAACCAACAACUCCUCGGCCAACAACAACCAAGCCACCAAAACCGUGCCCUCCUAAUGCUGAGUAUAUAGACUGUGGUCCAGCUUGUAUCCCUACCUGUAUGGAACCCUCCACCAACUGUACCGGCUCCUGCAUCAGUGCCUGCUUCUGCAAACCAGGAUUUGUCUUCAAGGGACGCCACUGUGUGCCACUGGAGAAAUGUGGUUGCCUGGAUGACCAAAAUAACUAUUAUAAGCCUGGUGAGGUCAUAUUUGGAGAUGGCUGCUCAAAGCUGUGUCGCUGUGCAGGGAACUAUACUUUGGAAUGUGUUGAUAACUCCUGUGACCCUACUGAAGAGUGUCGCGAGGUUAAUGGUGUUGCAGGCUGCUAUCCUAAAGGUACAUCUACAUGCAUAGCGUCUGGUGAUCCCCAUUACACCACCUUUGACAAAUUUAAUUACAACUUCAUGGGCAACUGCAGCUAUUUGAUGUCUGGGCCCUGCAAUGAAACGACUCUGCCACAUUUUGAGGUCCAUGCUGACAAUGAAAAUCGCUAUAACAGGCCCACCAUCUCAUAUUUGAAGGCUGUACAUAUAUACGUACACAUGGUGAAGAUCUCCAUCCUCAAAGGUGGCACUGUGCAAGUGAAUGGGACCAAAGUAAACCUGCCAGUGACUCCGGUCCCUGGUGUGUCUGUGUUCAAGUCAGGAAAGCACUACACUGUGUCCAUGAUCUUUGGUGUGACUGUUCGCUAUGAUGGAAACCAUUUCAUGGACAUCAAAGUGAUCAAAGACUAUCAGAACAAGCUGUGUGGACUGUGUGGAGAUUACAAUGGAGAUGCCAAAGACGACUUCCGUAAACCAGAUGGGUUGUUGACCACCAAUGCCAAUGACUUUGGACACAGCUGGAACACCGAUCCAGAGUGUAAUAAGAAACCCAACACCACCAUCCCUGGAUGUGGUGAAGAGGACCAGGAACUUUAUGAGAGCUCUGGAUAUUGCGGCAUCCUGCUGGACAAAAAGGGUCCCUUCGCUGUGUGUCACCCCAAAGUCAACCCCAAUAAUUACUUCAAGGAUUGUGUCUUUGAUCUGUGUGAGCUGGAUGGAGCCAAGCCCAUUCUUUGUGAAGCUAUCGAAGCCUACAUCAAUGAAUGCCAGGACCGUGGGGUCAAAAUCGGACCUUGGAGGAAUGAAACCUUCUGCCCCCUGAGAUGCCCCCUGAACAGCCACUAUGAGCCCUGUGCAGACCCUUGUCAGGAGACAUGUUCUGGGAAACCUCCCUCCUGCAGUGGGCCCUGCUCCGAGGCCUGUGUGUGUGAUCCUGGCUACAUCCUGAGUGCCGGCAAGUGUGUGAAAAAGAGUUUGUGUGGCUGCAAACACAAUGGCCAGUAUUAUGAGCCUGGAAAGGAGUUUUAUGUGGAGGACUGUAAGCAGAAGUGUAGAUGUGAUGCCUUCUCCGUCACCUGUGUGACCUCUGAAUGCCCACCAAUGCACGAGUGUAAACUCCAGGGUGGAGAGCUGGGCUGCUAUCCAACCGGUUCUCAGGACUGUGUGGUCUCUGGAGAUCCUCACUACAACACGUUUGACAAGAAGUUCUACAGCUUCAUGGGAACAUGUACAUAUACACUUGCUAGAACCUGCAAGAACAACACAGGUCCUUGGUUCUCAGUAGAGGGGAAGAAUGAGGAGAGAGGAGUGUCAGGUGUGUCCUACCUGAGAAAGCUCUAUGUCACUGUGAAUGGAGUGACUGUGACCCUGAUGAAGGCCAGGAGGACAAUGGUUAAUGGUCUGCGGGUGGCCCUUCCGCAUUCCCCCUCUCCUCUCAUCUCUCUCAGUCUUGCGGGUCAAUACGUCACCCUACAGACACCCUUUGGCCUCCAGGUGCGCUGGGAUGGAAACCAUUACGCCCAGAUCUCAGUUUCCAGCUCCUACUAUGACCAGAUGUGUGGUUUGUGUGGUGACUACGAUGGGAACGCAGACAAUGAUUUCACCAGACCAGAUGGCACUCUGAUAGGAAAUGUCAAUGACUUCUGUAACAGCUGGCAGACAGAAGAGGAUGAGGACGACUCGUGUACCUCGGGCACCAAGCCUGACCCAGACUGUGACCCCAAACUUGAGGCUGAGGUGGUGAAACCAGACAAAUGUGGCAAAAUCAAAGAUCCUGCUGGUCCCUUCAGGGAAUGUGUCAGUGUGGUGAAUCCCACUCCCUUCUUCCAGAGCUGUGUGUAUGACAUGUGUCAGUUUAACGGCCAGCAGCAUGUGCUGUGUGACCAGCUCCAGGCCUACACUGAUGCCUGCCAGAGUGCUGGGGCCAAAGUCCAUCAGUGGAGGACUCCAGACUUCUGCCCGCUGGCCUGUCCUCCCAACAGCUCCUACUCUCUGUGCGUGAGUUCCUGUCCAGAGACAUGUCUAGGCGUGGUCGGACCAUCCGGCUGUGAGAACGUGUGUGUGGAGGGUUGUGAGUGUAACCCAGGAUUCAUCCUCAGCAAUGACAAGUGUGUGGCACUGAAAGACUGCGGCUGUGUGGACACCAGUGGAACCUAUCACCCUGUGGGUGAUGACUGGUACUUGCCCGGUUGUGAACAGAGGUGUGUGUGUCACAGUGGAGGUUUGAUCCAAUGUCGCAACAGCAGCUGUAAACCAACCACUGAGAGUUGCCACCUACAAGACGGAGAGUAUGAGUGCCGCCCUCUGGGAAACGGUAUCUGCUCAGUGUCAGGUGACCCUCACUAUACCACCUUCGACAAAUACACCCACCAUUAUAUGGGAGCCUGCUCCUACACCUUGACAAAACCCUGCAAUGUCUCCUCCGGCCUGUCGUACUUCACCGUGGACACCCAGAAUGAGCACAGAGGAAAUAACAAGAAGGUGUCCUAUGUCAGGGCUGUGGUGAUCAAUGUGAGUGGUGUGACCGUCAUCCUCGGCAGGGGCCGCACAGUGCAGGUCAAUGGGACAGUGGUCGUCCCACCUGUCACCUCCAUCAGUGAAGUUAAGAUCUACUUGAGUGGGAAGUUUCUUGUUCUGGAGACAUCCUUCGGCCUAAGGGUGCGUUUCGAUGGUAACCAUCACGCUGAUGUCACAGUGCCAACCUCCUACAGUGGCCUGCUUUGUGGAAUGUGUGGAAAUUUCAAUGGAAACCCCAAAGAUGACAACAUGAAACCAAACAAAACACCCGCUGCCAACACUAAUGAGCUGGGAGACAGCUGGCAGGUUGCUGACCCACGGCCUGACUGUACCAAUGGUGGCGCACAGGAGGACUGUGAUAAAGAAGUGCAGGAGGAGGCCGAGAAGCCCACCAGCUGCGGCAUGAUCACUGAUCCCAAUGGUAUCUUUAAGCCCUGCCUCUCUGCCGUGCCUCCUGAGCCCUACUUUGAAAACUGUGUGUAUGACAUGUGUGCCACUGGAGGCCAGACAGUAGCUCUGUGCCAAGCCAUAGAGAGCUAUGCCGACAUGUGUGCUGCUGGGGGAGUCCCCAUCGCAUGGAGAAACAACACCUUCUGUCCUCUGAAAUGCCCCCCAGGCAGUCAUUACACCCCAUGUGGCCCCGCCUGCCCACAGCCCAGCUGCCAGGACCCUGCAGGCUCUGGUGGCUCCUGCAACCAGCCCUGUGUGGAGGGAUGCAUCUGUAACCCCGGGCUCAUCCUCAGUGGGGACAAAUGUGUCCCGCUCAGUGAGUGUGGAUGUACGGGUAAAGAUGGAAAGUACAGGCCGGUUGGAGACUCUUGGUUCACAGAGAUGGACUGCUCAGAGCGCUGUAAGUGUAAUGGCAACAACAACAUCACCUGCGAGCCCUGGCAGUGCAGCCCUGCACAGGAGUGUAAAGUGGUGGAAGGAGUGCUGGACUGCCACUCUACAGGUAAAGGAGUGUGUCAUGUGGCUGGAGAUCCUCAUUACUACACCUUUGACAGUGUGAUGCACACCUUCAUGGGCACCUGCACUUAUACUCUGGUGGAGGUGUGUAACGUCACCAAGGUAACGCCAUUCAAGAUAGUGGCCAAAAAUGAGGAGCGUGGUCAACCAGAGGCCUCCUAUGUUCGCUCUGUCAAGGUCUACCUGCCUCAUGACACUGUGGUUGAACUGCAGAAGAGCCGCAGAGUUCUGCUGAAUGGACGGCGGGUGCGAACCCCUGUUUCCGUUGACGUAGCUGGAGUCAAGGUGAUAACCAGUGGAUCCUACAGUCUGCUGGACACAAACUUUGGUCUGCAGGUGAAGUUUGACGGAGUCCAUCACCUGGAGAUCACCGUGUCUGGAGAAUACUUCAACAAGCUGUGUGGCAUGUGUGGGAACUACAACUACAACUCGUCUGACGACAACCUGAUGCCCAACAAGAAACCAGCCAAGGAUGUGAUUGAACUGGGCAACAGCUGGAAAUCAGAUGGAGACAGUGAUCCUGGCUGUCAGCCAGACACUCGUCCAGACAUCCAUCCCAACUGCACAGCACAAGAAGAGAAGAUGUACGAGGCUCAGUGUGCCGAGGUCAUCCUCUCUGACCGCUUCAAGCCCUGCCACUCUCUGGUGCCUCCCGAGGCUUUCUUGGGUAACUGCGUCUAUGACAUGUGUGAGUAUGACGGCAUGCAGGUGACACUCUGUGACAAUGUGGAGGCGUACGCUCAGGCCUGUCAGAGCGCCGGAGUUACCAUCAGCUGGAGGAACAACACAUUCUGUCCCCUGCCCUGUCCUCCUAACAGCCACUAUUCAGACUGCAACACGCCCUGCCCCCCCACCUGCUCCGACCUCUUCCCCAUGUUCUGUCACCUCCCCCCAGCCACCUGUGUGGAGGGCUGCCAGUGUGACGCCGGCUUUGUCCUCAGUGACAGCAAGUGUGUCCGUCUAGACAAAUGUGGCUGUCUGGACUCAGAUGGAGAGUACCAUGAUGUGGGAGACUCAUGGCUGACAGAUAAAUGUGCUGACUCAUGUACCUGUAACCUUGGUGGCAAAAUCACAUGUAAGGACCACAGCUGUGAUUCCAACUCAGUGUGUGCCCUGGACAAAUAUGGAGACCUCUACUGCAAACCCACCAAGUUCGACAAGUGCAGCAUCUCUGGGGAUCCUCACUAUCGAACAUUUGACAGAUUCACCCAUCACUUCCAGGGGCGCCAUACCUACAUCCUGACUCAGGGCCACAACCUGCCAAACUCACUGUCGCCCCUGGUGGUGAGGGGGAAGAACAUCCGACGUGGGUGGAACAAGAGGGUGUCGUUCCUGGAUCAGAUGUAUAUUGAUGUUUACGGUCUAAAUAUCCGCUUCCUGCAGAAGAAGAAAGUUCUGGUGAAUGGGGAGCGUGUUGCACCUCCUCUCAAUCCAGUUGAUGGUUUGAGCAUCACAAUGACGUCCAGGCAGGUCCAGCUCACCACUGACUUCGGGCUCACUGUGCGCUUUGAUGGCAAUAUUCGCGGAGAGAUCAUACUGCCCAGCACCUAUAAGAACUAUGUCAGAGGGCUGUGUGGAAACUAUGAUGACAUCACCAGAAACGAGUACAUGAAACCAGACGGGACAGUCAUCAGGGACCUGAACGCAUUCGGAGAAAGCUGGAGGGUCAGUGACAGACAGGCUGACGGACUGAGGAUCUAUGACCUUCCUCACACAGUCCAUGCCCACAGGCGGGAGGUGGAGACGGAUCUAGAUACAGGAUUUGAGACAUCAGACUGCUCUCAGUCUCAGCUCAAUGACUUCAACAGUUUAACUCAAUGUGGAGCACUGUCUGACUCCAAAGGACCAUUUGCUGCUUGCCACGCCACCCUGCCACCCCAAACCUACCAGGAUGACUGCUUGUUUGACCUGUGUGCUGAGCCAGAUGGUGUAGCGCUGCGUUGUGCCAGUUAUGAAGCGUACGCUGCAGCCUGUCAGGAGGCAGGAGUCAAACUGGGAUCCUGGAGGCAGCAGCUGGACUGUGUUCUCUCCUGUGGUGGCAACAGCACCUAUUCCUCCUGUAUGUCACCUUGCCCUGCCUCCUGCGCUGACCUGGCCGCGCCCUCCGAGUGUGACACCACUUCCUGUGUGGAGGGGUGCCAGUGUGCCGCAGGCUUUGUCAUGAGUGAGGGAAUCUGUGUACCAUACACACAGUGUGGCUGCACCUUCCUCAACAGAUACUACCCUCUGAAGGAGAGGUUUGUGACUGAAGACUGUUCUCAGUCCUGUGAAUGCACCAGCACUGGCGCUGUGUGCCAACGCAAAACCUGCCAGCAUGGUGAAAUUUGCACCAUCUACGACUUCAAACGUGACUGCUACAGAGCAAGCCCCUGCCUCAGUUACCCUUGUCUGAAUGGAGGAAUAUGUAAGGAGGCCAGCAACAACAAAUACACCUGUCAUUGUGCUGAGGGCUUUGAGGGCACAAACUGUGAGGUGGAGAUCACACAGAGUGGAGGACUCGAAACCAAAUGGAUCAUCCUGAUUGCGGUCCUGGUCCCAGUGGCUGUCAUCAUAAUUGUGAUGACAUUCGUGUGUGUUUGCAAACGAAAAUCCAAGAAAAUCAAGUGUGAGGAGAAAAAACUCAGCCUGAAAUCCACAAGUGUUUCCUAUACAAACAUAGAUGACCAAAGAAAUGAGAAAGCGACAAAGCUGUGAUGGCAAAUUGUGUCAGCUGUUUACACCUGCUAUAUGAGGCGAACAUACAACAAUCUGGUCUGAAGCUUAUUCAACAUGCCUCUCAAAGAAAAAUAAAACUGUACGAAAUGAAGGAAGUACACUUUGUCUUGUGGAAGGUGUGAAUAUUAUAGAUAUUGUUCAUAUGUCCAUGUGUUGCUUUCUUAACUUAUGCUUUUGAAAAUGUAAUUUUGGCGUGCCUGUAAUUAAUGGAAAAGUCUAAAUUUUUCUG